AUGCCACGUGGACAAGCUAAACGCGCCGUCGUUCUGGACGGCUGGUUGAUGAGAGCGAAAAAGGAAAUGAAGACCGAGACAUUGUACCAUUGUUUUAAUCGGUAUUUAUUAAAGAUUGUUGACUUUUUUUUUAAUCUAUUAUUGCAGAGACAGGUUUGCUCAGUGCACCGGCGUUUUUGCGGUGAAUCGCGAUACUAAAGCGAUUCGAGUGGUCAAACCGCACGUGAGUCACUAUCCUGACUGGGAAGAAAACGAAUUGAGUGCUCAGCUGACUCUAAACACACAAAAGUACCCAAUUUACAGAUUCCAAUAGUCCGACAAGAGCGCAAAAGACGUGAGAAAGAGAAAAAGUGUCGGCAAGUCAUUGAAAGUGUAAGAAAUGCGUCUUAUCGAUUAAAAAAUAGAUAAAUUUAUCAAAGAAUGUGUCAGGAAAGCGUAUUUGGAUAGAUUUUUCCCGGUUUUCAGCAGCUUUUCUUGACAAAGCGACGAUUUUCAAUCUUCGAUUGCACGCUUGCGCCGGGGUGUUUGCGUACAAAACACGCCCGCCAGUCUCAAACAUUCUCCCCCAUUUCGCAACCAUUUCAACUGAAAUUCUCGUUUUUCAGCAGGAAAUGCCACCGAAAAAAAAGGAUCCGGGAGUGACGGCGAUUCUCAUCGACGCCGGACCGAAUAUGAGCGAAAUUGACGACGAAAAUGGGAAGAGUGCGUUUGAAAAUGCGAUAAAUACGGCCGAUUGGAUUGUUUCUCGCAAAGUUUGUCUUUAUCUUCUGAUACCUUGCAAUGACCCGAAAAGUGCCAAUUUUGCAGUUAUUCUCCGAAGACCCGACGAGAUUCGCGAUAAUGGCCUAUAACGUGGAUGGUUCGACCGAUUUGGACGGCGAAACGUACGAAGGAGUGAUGGUUCAUGACGAGGAAUUCCAGACGGCCAAUUUCGAACAUUUGAAGUUCAUUACGAAGGAAUUAAAGCAAAAUUCCACUGGCAACACGCCAAAUUGUAUGGUUGACCACAUUCGAAAACCCCUCAUUCAAUUUUUGCAGUUUUCAAAGGCGUUCUCGCCGCCGUGUCCCUUCUGAAGAGUGCCGAUUCGGGAAAGAAUCCCGAGUCGAUCACACUGAUCGUUUUGACAAACGGAAAAAACGAGAAUCUGCGGCAGGAGAAGUACGAUCUGCUCGUGGACGCGAUCCGCGAAACGAACGUCAAUCCGAUGGUCAUGUCAGUGAAUUUUUGCCAGUUUCUGUGCAAAAUCCAUUGAAAAUAGAGAUUUUUCAGUGGGAUUCCGAACAAUCCAAAGUAUCCAGCUUCUCGAAUCGUCGAACUUGUCGAGGAACUCGAAGGAACCGCCUACUCAUUCCAGUUCGCUUUUUCUGUCAAAUGUUAAAACUUUGAGAUGCUUUUUCUUACAGAAACGUCGCGGAGCAGCUUUCCAACUAUCAGGCUCGUCAGAAAAACGAACGGAAAAACGCGAAAUUGUGGGACGUCAGUGUCUUUUUUUCUGUACACUUUUUGUAAAUCUCAUAAACGUUCCGUUCAGAUCGCGCCGGGAAUCCGUCUCCCAGUCACUUUUUCGAUAAAAGCGGAAAAAGCGAGCGCGUUGCUGAAAUUCAAGAAUGCGGAUAUCGACGGAAAUGAGGUAUUUUGCACGAAAAAAAUGAUGAAAUUUCGCAAAUUUCGUUCAGAUGGUCCGUUUUGAUCGAUUGCACGUGGAGAAUCAGUCGGAAGACGGCAAAAUCAACGAGGAUUCGGUUGCUGCGAACGGGUAAGCUUCAGUUGGUGGAAACCAGGCGAAAAAUGAUUUUUUCAGCGCUCAUCCCACGUCCGACACGUUUUCCACACAAAACGCGACGAAUUUGACGGCGAACAACGGAAAAAUGAUGCUCGGCUACAAUUUCGGCAAAUCGCUGAUCAUGAUGGAUCCGGAGUACCUGAAGGAGAAGUACAAUGACCACAAUUUCAACGAGGGACAGACGGGCGGCGUGCUCAAACUAAUUCAGUUCACCAAAAGAGCCAAUGUACGUGAAGGAGAGCGAAAUGUCCGGUUGAAUGCGAGAAAGUUCUUCCAGACUGCGUUAUGCGCCUUUAAAGAACAGUUUCUAAGAUUUCUUUUUGCAGAUCCUCGACUCGUACCUGUUGGACGCGAGCGCUAAGACGGUCCUUCCGGCAGUCGGCUCCGAUUCGCUCACCUCGGCGACCGUAUCCCUGAUCGAAGCGAUGCUCUCACUGCGAGUCGCCGCCAUCUGCCGCUACACUUUCCACGCGAAAUCGCACGUCCAACUGGUCGCGCUUCUGGCGCAUCGGGACGAGCAGACGGGCGUCGCCUACCUCAGAUCGGUCAAACUACCGUACUCAGACGACAUGCGCACGCUAAAAUUCCCGAAAUUCUCGUUCGACGAGCAGGAAGAGGACGACGGAAAACCGACUUGUUAGUAUCGCAAUUCGGCAAAAGGCAAAUUUGAAUGUCCGUUUUUGCAGUGGCUCAACUCUCGGCCGUCGACGAUCUCAUCGACAGUAUGCAGUUGAAGGAGGGAGAAAUGUGAGGGAUUACUGUAGGGUUACUGUAUUUCAUCUCUUGUUUUCAGUUCUUCACUCGUCGAAGGCGGCCUUUCCGAUCCGAGACUUCAGAUGCAAUGUCACUUCCUCAAAAGUGUCGUUCUCAACCCGAACGGUACGGGAUUUCGACGAUUUUUCUGGAAUUUAUAAAAAAUAGAACAUUUUCAGACACCCUGGAGAAGCACGCCGACCGCACCAAUCGAAUCAUCGACGAUAUAAUGGCUCCGAAGACACGUGUCAUCUCCGAAAAUGCGGAACUCUUCGAGAAACUCGGCCGCGAGUUCAACCUGCAGCCGAUUCGAAAAACGAAAAGAGAACGGGUGCAGGUGGCGGCCGAGGACAUUCAGAAUAUGAUCGACGAGUGGACGGAGAAGCGGCAGAAGACGUCGGACGACGAGAAAGGACAGAAGAGGAAGAAGAAGUUGACGAGGAGAGAGGAACUGAUUCUGGAGUGGGCCGACGGCGAAUCGGCCGCUGCGGCCAUCUGCCAGGCAAUGCUCAAAAUGAUAGCCGACACGUGCGGAUUCCAGCAGAAUCGCGCCGUCAGCGGCUUCUUUGAGGUGAAUUUCAGUUUUUACUUCAAACAAUCUCAAUCAAAAUUCGAAUUUGCCGCCGGAUUUUGAUGGAGUGCACUUGCAACGCCCUAAAACUGACAAUCUUUCAGCUCCUUCUCACCGAACUCAAAACGAUUCGCUCGGUUUUUGUGGAGAAAUCGAGGUGCGACGAGUUCAACGAACUGCUCAAAAAGCUGAAAGAGGAGGAGGAUUUCGAGCCGUUUGCCGAAUUUAUCGCCGAGGAGAAAGCGUGCAAUCCGAUCAGUUCGUCCGAAGUGCCGAGUUCCGAAGUGACCGAUUCGGAGGCGGCCGAGUUUUGGGACGAAAACUGA